AUGGAGACUCAGACCACGGCUGGGAUGGCUACUGCUGCUGCGACGGGCAACCGUGGGCGGUGGGCGCGGUCGUCGGAGGAGCUCCGGGCGAGCGGGGCGUCGGGUCUCGCAAGUUGCAGCGGCAGCGAGCAAAGUGGCGGAAGCGGCGGAGGCGUGAACUGUGGCGUCACGGGUGAGCGUGAGGGGGAGGCCGACGCUUGGAGGAGGGUGCUCAUGGCAUCGGACGGAGUUGCAGGCGUGGGCAAAGACGGUGGCUUCACGGGCUACUGGUGUUCGGGCGAAGACGGUGGCACGCUCGGAGCUCGCUGGAAGGAGACACCGACACCGGGCAAAAGUGCAGCGACGGGCGCCGCGAUGGGCGGGGGCGCGGCGACGGGCACGGCGAUGGGCGGCGCGCUGCUACGGGCGAGCAAAGGUGCGGGUUGUGGUAGCUUGGCCUCCGGUCCCGCGUCGCGGGUCGGUGCGCACUGCGCAGGCGCGCGCGGCGGAGGUGGAGACGCGGUGGUGCGAGCGUGGGCAGCGUGGGUCGAUGCAUGA